AGGGAAGAAGGAAGAAGAGAGAAGAGGAGGAGAGGGAGGAGGAGGAGGGAGGUGGCGGCGCCGUGGCGGAGGAGCAGGAGCAGGAGGGGGAUGGAGAGGAGAAGGCUCCUGGGUGGCAUGGCGCUCCUGCUCCUCCAGGCGCUGCCCAGCCCCCUGUCAGCCAGGGCUGAACCCCCGCAGGAUAAGGAAACCUGCGUGGGUACCAACAAUCAAAGCUACAUCUGUGACACAGGACACUGCUGUGGACAGUCUCAGUGCUGCAACUACUACUAUGAACUCUGGUGGUUCUGGCUCGUGUGGACCAUCAUCAUCAUCCUGAGCUGCUGCUGCGUGUGCCACCACCGCCGAGCCAAGCACCGCCUUCAGGCCCAACAGCGGCAACAUGAAAUCAACCUGAUCGCCUACCGGGAAGCCCACAAUUACUCAGCGCUGCCAUUUUAUUUCAGGUUUUUGCCAAACUAUUUACUACCUCCUUAUGAGGAAGUGGUGAACCGACCUCCAACUCCUCCCCCACCAUACAGUGCCUUCCAGCUCCAGCAGCAGCUGCCUGCACAGUGUGGCCCUACAGGCGGCAGCCCCCCGGGCGCCGACCCCACCAGGGGCUCUCAGGGGGCUCAGAGCAGCCCCUUGUCCGGGCCCAGCAGAAGCAGCACGCGACCCCCGAGCAUCGCUGACCCUGAGCCCUCCGACGUGCCAGCAGACCCAGCAGCCACCAAAGCCCCCGGGUUGGAGCCCAGUGGCUCUGUGGCCGGCCUGGGGGAGGUGGACCCUGGGGCCUUCCUGGACAAGGAUUCCGAAUGUAAGGAGGAGCUGCUGAAAGAAUACAGCUCCGAGCAGGGCGGUGCCCUCCCUGACAGCAAAGACAAGACGCCCGGCAGACGUCGCCGCUUCACAGGUGACUCUGGCAUCGAGGUGUGUGUGUGCAACCGGGGCCACCAUGAUGACGACCUCAAAGAGUUCAACGCGCUCAUCGACGAUGCUCUGGAUGGGCCCCUGGACUUCUGUGACAGCUGCCACGUGCGGCCCCCUGGCGACGAGGAGGAAGGGCUCUGCCAGCCCUCUGAGGAGCAGGCCCAGGAGCCCGGGCACCCUCACCUGCCGCGGCUGCCUGCCUGCCUGCUGCUGAACACCAUCAACGAGCAGGACUCCCCAAACUCCCAGAGUAGCAGCUCCCCAAGCUAGAGCAGGCCCUGCCUGCGCCCGAGAACUUGGUGACACAACCAGGGUAGGGGAGAACCAUGAGCGAAGCAUUAAGUGACUGU